GGGGUUGAUGCACAAUGUUGAUCGCCAAACUCCAAUAACAACGGAUCCAAGGUAACUAAACGACCAAUUACGUAUACAACAUAGCAACUGAAUCGGGUUGUUUAUGAAUCGUCACAGCCAUAAAAAGCACAAAAUGUCACAAACCAGUCAAGGUUCUACGAAAUCUACGGAAAAAACUUUAAUUUCGAAGCCUAUCAGAAGUUCAUCUUGCACAAUCCCUUCGGAAAUACUUGAAUUUGACUACUCCUACGGAUACGAUUGCAAACGGCCUUUCAAUUUGUGCAAAAUUGACGAUGCAACGCUUGUAUUCGCUUCCGGCAAUUUGAUACAUUUCUUCGACGUGGCAACGCAAACCGUAACCACGCGGCGAAGUUCGACCGGUGGAGGAAUAGGGUGCAUACAAACGAAUCCCAAUCCAGAGCUAUGUCACUUGACCGUGGGAGAAAAUGGAGUCAACCCACCGAUCAUCAUCUACCAGUAUCCGGAAAUGAGCGUGGUGAAUAUUCUGCAAAAUGGAACAACUCAAGCGUACAGUCGCGUGGAUUACAGUGCUGACGGGGAACUAUUGGUUUCGCAAGGUUGCGAUCCUGACUACAUGUUAACCAUCUGGAACUGGCGCGAAGCGGAAAUCAUUCUACGUUGCAAGUCGUUCUCCAACGAUGUGAUAAACGUAAUGUUUUCACCGACAGUUCCCGGCCAUCUGACGUCAUGCGGCCUAGGUCACAUAAAAUUUUGGAAAAUGGCAGAAACGUUCACUGGUCUUAAACUUCAAGGAGAGCUUGGCCGAUUUGGAAAAACCGAAAUUUCCGAUAUCGUAGGAAUACUUCCGAUGCCCGAUGAAAAAGUUCUAUCGGGUUGCCAGUGGGGAAAUGUGCUCGUGUGGGAAGCCGGUCUCAUCAAAAUAGAGGUUUGUCGCAAAGGGCGGAAACCAUGCCAUCAAGGUCCAAUAACGCAGAUAAGUGUACGUGACGGUGAAGUGAUGACCUGUGGAAUGGAUGGAUACAUCAGGAUCUGGUUUUGGGAAACUGUUGAGUUGGCAGAUCCACCGGAUGAUGAUCGAGUAGUGCAGAUUGAACCCAUUAUGGAAUAUAGAAUUGGAAACGAUAUCUGUCACAGUGAAUUGAUAUGCUUGAUAAAGAAGGAAGGAGACUUUCAAUGGUAUGCUCAAGACGGUAAUGGAGGAAUUUGGGAAUGUGACAUAACACCGGCCUACAAACCAGCAGAACCUCAACAGCUGCUGAAAUGCCACUCUGGACCAAUAAUGGCAGUGCAAACCAGUCCUACUACACACCAUGUGGCCACUCUAGGGCGUGAUGGUAGGUUAUUCAUGUAUGAUUAUUCGAAACGGAAAAUGGUGUUUGAACACAGAUUCAACUCAAGUGGUCAUGCCAUGAUUUGGCUUCCUGUGACACUGGAACCUUCUGGUAUGAUCUUAGUUCUUGGUUUUGGAGACGGAUUCAUUCGCAUCAUCAAGGUUAACCUGAAUUCAUCGAGCACCGAAUCGCCUGUUUGUAUUGUACAAAUAAUUAAAUCUCACUCAGAACCAAUCACAACCCUGGCAAUUAAUCAGCGAGAAACUAUAUUAGUAUCGGGUUCCGAUGACAAAUCUAUAUUUGUACACCAAUUGAUUAGAGGCCUGUCCGUCAUCAAUAUAGAACCGAUAGGUUUAGUAUACACUCCAUCGCCUGUUUCUACUAUCAACUGGAAACCAAACGCUUUUGCUACUGCUCUGAUUGGGUGUCGUCAUGGACAGGUUCUGGAAAUUGAACUUCCUGAAACCCCAACAGACUAUACCAACAUAUCAUACCAUCUGAAAUCCAUCGAUAUAAGACAAUUAACAUUCCAAUCAGUGAAAUCAGAAAUAAAGCGAAACAUUCGGAUUGCGGAAAUUGAAGAACAUAAGCAACAAAAGCGUGCUAGAAAAAUGAAAAGCCUGGAAAGAAUUCGGGAGGAGAAUCCAGGAGUGGAAAUAAAUGAGGACGCGUUUUUAGAGGAUUCGGAAGACGAAGAGGAGUUGGAGCCAUUAUACAUUCCCAAGGUUCCAAACGCCGUAUUGUGGGCUCAAUACACCGAAGAUAAUACUUUGUGGUUAUCGAUGGGUGGCUACGAUGCCGGAUUCGUCUAUGAAUAUGAAUUCGAUGACGAAGAUCCUGUAUCUUGCACACCUGUUCCGGGGGCAGAAGAUACCGAGAUUACCACAUAUAUCUACGAUCAACAAUAUUUGAUUUUCGGAAUGGGCGACGGAUCGAUACGAGUAAACAAAGCGAAGGAAGAUUUCCGAGAUUUGAAUGAAUACUUCACCCUCAAUAUGCAUUACAAUCUGAAUGGCAAAAUUUCUGGACUGGCCUUUAGCUACGACAAUCGGCACCUUUUCAGUGUCGGAACAGACGGUAAUUUGUUUUCCUACAAGUGGUAUGCUUCGACAGUACCGACAGCCCCACCAAAGCCAAAGUCCUUUGAUAUGUCUUUACCAUGCGUUGAGGAUAUUCAGGACCCGACUUAUUUGUCACUUGAAGAACAAAAAAUUAAACAAGAAAACGACAGAAAGGCUAAACUUUUGAACGAUCAGAAAAAUGAAAUUUUAAGUACAGUAGCAGACUAUCGGAAACAGUUUGAGCAAAUACUAGCCAGAAAUCAAGCUCUCCCGGAGUCUCAACGAUUCACAAUGGACGAGUUUACUCUAGAUGAAAGAAUAACAGCAGACUUGAAACAAGAGCUGCAGGAAAAGAUGGAUCUAGUCCGACGGAAGACGGCAUUUGAUGUGGAAAAGGCAAGACUUUCAGGAGAGAAACUAAGGAAAUUCUUUCUAGAAGAAAUGGAACACGCACCAAUUGAAGUUCUGGGAGUGAUAGUUCCAACUUCAGUCAAAUCGUUCAGGAUUGGUAAACUCACGGAUGAAUACUACCAGACUGUAGAAGAUUUGGAACAUCGAAUCGAAGAGGAGGAAGCUAGAAGAAGAAUGAUAAAAGUUCCUGAUCAUGCCAAGCUAGAUCGUCGUGAAGACUCUCAGUUCGACAAAAAAGAAUCAUUCCUCGAUGGGCUAACUCAAUCAACAAUUGAUUUCAAGCUAGAAACAAAAAUGCGUCGCCUAUUGGCUAAAUAUCGUGAGAGGAAAUCAAAGGAACAUAUUCGUAAGCUGGAGUGGGAAGAUCUGAAAAGCCGAAAACCAGACCCAAACGUCAACCAUCCCGAAGAUGAUGCAGCCAUCAAGGAUGCGACAAGUACCAUCGGGGACUACAAAUUGAAAACGGAUCACGAAUAUGAACCAAAUGAAGAGGAACUAGAAACUACACUCACCAAAUACCGCGACUUGCUACAGGUGAGAAAAGAGAUGUUCACUAUCCGCAGCAACUACAAUGAAGAAGUGUUUGCACUAAGAGAGAAAAAGAAAGCACUCAAGAAAUAUGUAGAAGAGAAGAAACGGAAACUCUUAGAGAUCCAUGAAGAAAUUCCUGAACAUCAGCGGAAAAUUCCUCCAGUUGAAGUGAUCAUCAAUAAGGCUCUUGAGUAUCCUGAAAAUGAGUUUGAAAUGGAAGCCGAUUUGAACUCAUGUGACGAAGAUGAUAAAGUCAAGAAGCAGCCGUUAGAAUUGGGAAGCACCGAAUAUGCAGAACGAAUGCAAAAAUAUGUUCUAGGGUUGGCAAAGUUACCAAACGGUGCUCCUUACACACCUUUGGGAACAGAGUGGGAAAAGGAGCUAAGGGAAAUGAGAUUAAUGAAAAAAAUGUUCAAACAGGAUAAAAUCAUAGAUAAAAUUAGUAAAAGAAUUGAUGAAUUUGAUCUUGAGCUAACCGAGCUUUCCGAACGUCGAAUGCAGGUCGAAGUUGAUGCCAAGUAUCUAGAAAUUUAUCAACUGACCCUUUAUCAAGAAUUAUGGAUUUUGAAAGACUUUGAAAAAAUUGAGCGUAAGAUGAUCAACACUGUAGAAGAAUUAACUAUAGAGAGGAACAGUUUACAAAAUUCUGUUGUUGAAUCCAAACUGUACAUAGAACAAUCCAAACAAGAUAUGGAACAAAUACGAUCGGAACAAAAAGCCAUAUUUCAUCAAUUUACGGCCAGUUGUGCAGAUAACAGUUUUUCACCGUUUCUGAAACGUAUCUACAAAAAGAAGUACAAGCCAUGCAAAAUCAACAACGACAGAGACGAAACGGAGUCCUCGAGCGAGUAUUCUUCUGAGGACAUAGAUGCGUUGGAGAAUGCUGUUGAUACAGAAGUCAGUAAGAUAUUCCUAGAUGAACAGCCGUGUCCAAUUGGGUGCGAUCCGGAAUUGUAUGAACUCACUAUCAAACUGAGGAAUGAGAAAAUCGAGUUGGAAAAAAGAUACUACGAAGAGAACAGAUCACUGAACGAAACAAUAAAAACCAUGGAAGGAUUCAAGAUGAAACUGGUAUACGUAGAAGCAAGACUUAACGAUAAGAAAAGAGAGCUACUAAACUUCAGGCGAGAAAAACAAGCAAGAUUGAAUGAUAUAGAUACACUUGUUAUACUGAGAAUGGAUCAAAUGCAGUAUUUCAGGACAGAAACAGAAUUCUAUGACAUCGAAAAUAGUUUGUUGUUCAACAACGAAAAACUAAUGAAGUUGUAUGCUAGGGUUGGACAGCUGGCUAUGGAAACUCUGGAAACCAAAAGAAAGCAUCGGAUUAACGUUGUUCAUUUAGCACGAAUGCGCACAGAUAUUAAAUACAUGGAUCAACAAAUUAUCGUACUCAGAGAUGAAAUCAAUCAAGCAAUGAUCAAAAAGUUUGGACGAAUAAUCAAUUUGGACGAAUUAGAAGAGACUAUAUUACGAAAAUUCGCCUUCGAGAUGCGAGCAAAUAUGGAUGAUGUUAAGAAAAGCUAUGCGGAAAGAACUAGAGAUCUCAAAAGCCUUUACUCUAAGAAACAACAGGAGCUGACAAAAGUAAUUCAAGAAGGCACAGAGAAGUUACACGUCUUAACUGUAUUACAGGAAGAAUAUAACAAUCUAACAAAAAUGCUAGCGCACCAGAAAAAGGUAAUGGAAAAGAAAGAUCAAGCGCCGGUUAAUUAUGAAUCAGAUUUGGCAAAACUUAAAGAAAUCGCAAAAGCUCAGAAAGAACAAAUCAAUAUGCUUCAAAGAGAAAUUCGAACAUUGAGCAUGAAAUGUAAGCCACUUAGUUCUGAUACUGCUCAAAUCAUGGAAUCUUUGCAACCGGGAAUGAAACCAGGGAAAGUAAUGGAUGACUCUUCUUAUCCUAAUGUUAUGGAUUCAGCACCUCCCAGCACAAGAGCAAGUUCUCCGGACAACUUCUUAUAUAAUGAAAUUUCAUCAUUGGUUGACGAUUUCCUGGUUGACCAUUUGGGAACAUUUGUUCAAAAGUCGGAUAUCAAGCGAGUUGUUACCCACUUGUCUCACUAUCUAUCCAAUAUAAUUGCUAAUUUUGCACCUGAACACGCCAGCGAUCUGCUUCCACAUAUUAUCGAAAACUUCAAGUCAUUUAUUCCAGAGGAACUUCUCUUGACUAUUCCUCCUCAGUCUAUCGCCGAGUUGAUUGAGAAUAUAUUCCGUACAUUCAAGGAAGGCUAUGAUAUUGACACAAAAGAGAUCCUCAACGAAAUCAUCAACAACAGUUUGGAGAUGGUGCCUCCUGCUUCGCAAAACUACUCUUACAACAUCCUAGCAGAUAUACUCAAACAAGUCCUAUCCACGCUGCACAUCACCGACAUAAACCAUCCAGAAACGGUUAACUUCAUUGCUAACGGCCUUCGGAACAAACCGGGAAUUGAUCCACCAGCAGUCAAUGUUGAACAGCUGUCAUAUGAGCUACUACAAUAUGCAUCAGAGAACAUGGUAGAUGAUGUCAGUCAAGACACUAUCAGACAUAUCAUUGAAGGAAUCCUGCAUGUUAGCGCUAAGUAAUUUAGUAAGUAAUCCGUUGUAAGCUAUUGCACACAGUUUGAAUUCAAUAAAUCAUUUUCCUUUUGAUCACCCAUAACCAGAUCAAACUGGUGACUUUGGUAUAA